CUCGGAGUCUGGGUGGGAGUGACUGGAGAUCGGUCCAGCGGUUCAGCGCGCGACAGGCCCAGAAGCACAGAAGCCGCUCUUAACCGGGGGACCGAGGGACAACGCCGGAAGCUCAUAAGAUCGAAGAAGGUCAACAUGCCACUUUCCGCAACCACCCGCUCCUCGAACCUCGACAUCUUCAAGACACUGAAGCCACGCUCCCGAGUAGUACACCAGUGAAUGCAAGACAGUGUAUAAACAUUGGGGGCGUUCUUCGGCCUACAACAACACAACAUUGUCUCAAUGGCCUCAAUAUGCAGGACACUGCGGCCGCUGGCCAAAACCUCGUCCUCCCUUGCUUCACGCAGCUCAACAGCCAGAACGCUUCCUAGGAGGAAAUUUGUACCUCAAAGAACGUUCGCCGCCAGCUCAAGACAACGCCAUCCCGAACCCUACAUGCCCGACAAUGUCGACACUGACUCCCUUUCGCCAACGCCUAUCACACAUUUCUCCGAGACGGAACGAAUGCUCGCAGAGUCCGUCUCCAAAUGGGCAAACGAGGAAGUGGCCCCCAAGGUUCGGGAAAUGGACGAGGCAGAAAAGAUGGAUCCGGCUGUAGUGGAGCAAAUGUUUGAACAAGGACUGAUGGCUUUCGAGAUCCCAGAAGAGUAUGGAGGUGCUGGAAUGAACUUCACAGCGGCCAUCGUUGGUAUCGAAGAGCUUGCUAGAGUAGACCCCUCAGUGUCCGUUUUGUGUGAUGUACACAAUACUCUGGUGGUGACGGCCAUUCUCAAGUAUGGAAGUGAAAAGUUCAAGAAGGAGUGGCUACCGAAGCUUGCGACAAACACAGUUGGCUCCUUCUGUCUGUCAGAGCCAGUCUCAGGUUCCGACGCGUUUGCGCUGAAGACGAAAGCUGAAAAGACAGAGCAUGGAUACAAGAUCAACGGUUCAAAAAUGUGGAUAACGAACUCAAUGGAGGCAGACUUCUUCCUUGUCUUCGCGAACCUCAAUCCUGAAGCAGGGUACAAGGGCAUUACCGCCUUCGUCGUCACCAAGGAUAUGAAAGGCUUCGGCAUCGCCAAGAAGGAGAAGAAACUUGGUAUCAGAGCCUCAAGCACGUGUGUUGUCACUUUCGACGAUGUGGAAAUUCCCAAAGAAAACCUCCUUGGUAAGGAGGGCGAGGGCUACAAAUAUGCUAUUGGUCUGCUUAACGAGGGACGGAUAGGCAUUGGAGCGCAAAUGACGGGACUGGCUCUAGGAGCUUGGGAGAACGCCGCAAAAUAUGUCUGGAAUGAUCGGAAGCAAUUCGGCAAGCUGGUCGGUGAAUUCCAGGGUAUGCAACAUCAGCUUGCUCAAGCUUACACCGAGAUCUGCGCCGCUCGUUCUCUGGUCUACAAUGCGGCGAGAAAGAAGGAGGCCGGUGAGGACUUUGUCACAGACGCUGCUAUGGCUAAGCUGUAUGCCAGCCAAGUAGCUGGUAGAGUCAGCGGAUUGGCCGUCGAAUGGAUGGGCGGUAUGGGCUUCGUGCGAGAAGGCAUUGCUGAGAAGAUGUUCCGUGACAGCAAGAUUGGAGCCAUCUACGAAGGAACGAGCAAUAUCCAGCUCACCACGAUAGCGAAGGCCCUUCAGAAGAAGUAUACCCAGUAAAUGUAAAUAGAUUCGGAAUGCCCAGGCAUCAAAGUCAUCGGACUCUCAACAGUCAUGUAUUUUAGCAGGGCGAGUGGUAUAGACCUGUUCGACAAUAUCGACAGAUGUUACAGAGCGA